GCUACCAUAUUCGUUCAUCUGCAGAGGUACUGCAAAGGUUAACAAAUUUCUAGAAAAAUAAUAAAACUCAAAUUUCCUUUCAUUAUUUAUUGUUCAGGUGCGUCUGAAUAAAAAAGCAGAAAGAUGUCUUCAGACGUGAACAUGCAAGCUGAGAAGCAGGAGUCGGGCCCAGUUUAUGGAGGAUGUGAAGGUCCGGAUGCGAUGUACGUGAAAUUAGUAAGCAGCGAUGGCCAUGAAUUUAUCGUCAAGAGGGAACAUGCCUUAACAAGUGGAACGAUUAAGGCCAUGCUUAGUGGUCCUGGUCAGUUUGCGGAGAACGAAGCGAAUGAAGUCAAUUUUCGAGAAAUUCCUUCCCACGUCCUGCAAAAAGUGUGCAUGUACUUCACCUACAAAGUCCGCUACACGAACAGCAGCACCGAGAUUCCUGAAUUUCCGAUCGCACCCGAGAUCGCUCUCGAAUUGCUGAUGGCCGGAAAUUUUUUGGACUGUUAAACGGAUAUCGCAGUCAGUCACGAGUGUCGAAAUUCAGCCUCGCGCUGUUUCGAAACCACACUAAUCUCAGGACAUGUUGGCUCGGUUAAAAAGAAAAAGUUAAAAAGACUUUGUAAGUGAAACAACCUGUGAAUUGCCUUGCCAACGCGCAUUCUCGAGUAUCAAACUCCUUUGUGCGAAGUUCAGCUUCAAUCCAGAAGCGUUUAUAGUCCAAUUAUCUAUUCUACUGGGUCCUAAGUAGGCAACUUUCGUUUCGAAAAAUUUCAGGGGCGUAAUCCACUAAUAUUUCGAGCAGUAAUGCGCGAUCAUAGAUGCUGUAAUUUGCCUUAACUCAGUCGCAUAGAAACGUUGAUAUUUUGGCAUUAUUGUUAUUGUCACAGCAGCCAAUGGCCAUCUACAGAAAAUUUUUUACAGAACUAUAUAUUGCUUAUCUUUAAAAUGAGAAUUUGUGCAACGACGACGCUGGUUUUUAUACUAGAGUGUACAAUAGGAAAUACGCUAAUGUUUUCGUAUCCUGGCAUACAAAUAAACGCGGAGAGUGACGUUUUUUUUUUUAACACUUCAGUUAUGUAUGAGAGUUAAAUGAGAGAAAUUUGGACGUUUUGAUGACUGAGUGCUGCGUAACUUUUGAAUUUACAGGCAAUUUUUGAGUCUAGUGUUUUUUUUUCUGGAAUAUACGUAACGCAUUUGGAUUCAAAGUAGAAAAUUAAUUCCAAUGUACGAUGAGUUAAUCGUAGAUAAACAUCGACAGCGUUUAUGAUUUACGUAAUUUCAAUUUAAAAUAUUUAUAAAUUGUAUACCGACAUUAAAUAAAAGUAGGCAUCGUAUAAA